GCGGCAGAACUCGGCGCAGGUGGCCACGUGGCCUGGUCGGCGAGAGAGGCCAGCGCUCCGAGCAUGGACGCGCGCGCGCGCGGAAGCCUGCCCGCUGGAGGCAGCGGGUCUGGAGGCCGCGGCCCUGGAGACGCCGGUGGAGAGCCUGCCUGGAGUGGAGGCCGUCGGCAGCCCGCCGCGCGGGCCGCGCCGGACGCCUCCACAGUUGCCAGGUGGGCGGAGUGUGCGUGCAGGCGAGCAUGAGCACCGGGUCCGUGCGGGGCGCCGGGCCCAGCAGGCGGCAGGCCUGCGGCCACGGCUCCCGGCACGGAGGCUCGGUCUUCCCAGGCAGCAGCGAGCAACUGCAGGGCCGCGCGAGCCCGUUCACGGGCAGUAG